CAGCCCAAUAGACUGAUGAGUUAUUGUCAUGUAAAAAAGCGCUAGCAAUAAGACCCAAACGCUGUGCUAUUGUCCAAGCGGAAAGAGCCAAGUUUAUUAUGAGGACUAUAUGCUCUAGAGACCUGGGGCUAGGCGGCUCCUUGGGAGGCUUUUCAUAAAACAAGGCUCAGCUCCUAUAAAGGAGGGCAGUUUUGGAGCAGGCGCCGAGCAGUGCACAUCAUCUACCACGGCACGAGUCUCAAACUAGUCAAAAAAAAAAAAAAAACCCAGAUCUGCUCGCUUUUUUAAAAAUUUUGUUUCAUUUCAACCUAUGCAUUCGCCGAUUUAAUUCAAUUUGACGUUUGUGUGUGUGUAUAUAUGUAUAUAUAUAUAUAUAUAUACGUAUAGUUUUUCUCUUUCUUUUGGGAGUGCAGCUUUCCUUCUUCACAGAGCCUUUUACAAAUGUAUAAAAUGGAGUAUUCAUACCUCAAUUCCUCUGCCUACGAGUCCUGUAUGGCCGGGAUGGACACGUCGAGCCUGGCGUCAGCCUACGCGGACUUCAGCUCGUGCAGCCAGGCCAGUGGCUUCCAGUACAACCCGAUCAGGACCACGUUUGGUGCCACCUCAGGAUGUCCGUCUCUGACCCCGGGCUCGUGCAGCCUGGGCACGCUGCGGGACCACCAGAGCAGCCCGUACGCCGCAGUUCCAUACAAGCUGUUUACUGAUCAUGGUGGCCUGAACGAGAAGAGAAAGCAGAGGCGCAUCCGCACCACGUUCACCAGCGCGCAGCUGAAGGAGCUGGAGCGCGUGUUUGCAGAGACCCACUACCCCGACAUUUACACACGCGAAGAACUGGCCCUGAAAAUUGAUCUAACCGAGGCCAGAGUGCAGGUCUGGUUCCAAAACAGACGCGCAAAAUUCCGCAAACAGGAGCGCGCAGCUGCCGCCGCCGCCGCCGCAGCCAAGAACGGCUCAGGCAAGAAGUCAGACGCUCGAGAUGAGGACAGCAAAGAGGCGAAAGCCACCGACCCCGACAGCACAGGAGGACCCGGACCCAACCCGAACCCUGCAUCAACCUGUGGUGGUCCGAGCCCUACUGGCGGAUCCCAGGUCAGCGCAAGCGGAAACGGGCAGAUCGAUCAGGCCAAGACGACAGUGGGUGGCAUGGGUGGCACAGCGCCCAGUCAGGGCUGGCCAUCCGCCCCGGGCACCAUAACCUCCAUUCCGGACUCUCUCGGGGGACCGUUCGCUAGCGUGCUGUCAUCUUUACAAAGACAGAACGGAGCCAAAGCCACUUUAGUAAAGACCAGCAUGUUCUGAACGAAAGGGGUCGUCCGAGUAGAGGAAGCGAGAAAAUGACAAGAGACAAGAGAAAUGGAGGGGAGAGGGAUCAAAAUGGACUGAUCACUGACUCAUCAGAGGAGGAAUGCCAAAACAGUUUUCUCUGCUCACUGCUUAAAAAGAAAUACAUAAAAUGAGGAGACCCAGUCGUGGCCUCCAUCAUCUGACUUUUUCGAUAGCCAUUCGUUUACACAGCGAGCUGGAUGAUACUAUCCUACAGACCCUUAUUUUAGCCCAAGCUAUAAUCAUCGUUUUGGUUUUGCGUCCUUUUUAUUUGUUCUAGUUGAAUAGCUGUGAUCGUCGAUACCAUUUAUAGAUAUAAAUAACUGACAGACUGACUAAGAAGUAUUUCAUCACGGACUCGGUGCGACAUGACGCCAUGGUUGUUCAUUUACACCGACUUUUACGCAUCAUGUACCGUAAAUUAUAAUAUGUCUGUACACACAAAUUACUGCCUCUGUUAUAUAUUUCUACAUAUGAAGUUAAGAAAGCAUUAGAGCCAGGGGUUCUAAAAAAAACAAACAAACAAAAAAACGACAUUCAUCUAAAUAUCUAUGGUUCUACGGCAAAAUUAUACCUUAAAAUGGCACAAACGUACAUUAUUUCACAGUUGACAGGAAUACUUAAACGUUUUGUGUGUCUUUCUACGGCUGUGUUUUUGUGGCUCAGAAUUGUAUAGUGUUAAUACGUAUAAUAUCGCCCCUCGUAGUUCAGUCUUUUAAUGUUUUACAAAAGUUACCACUGGCUAAUUCCUUUCAGAAAAAAGGGAAUGGAUGCAACGCAUUGUAUUUAUUUUUUUUUUCUUUAUCUUUUGCAUGUUGUCUAUUUCGUUCAAUUUUAUAAUAAUUUGACCUAUUUUGUGAGCAUUAUGUAACACGUUUUGUCCGGGAUUUGAAAAUUAUUUAUAUGUAGGUAAUGGAUGCUUAUAUUUAAGAAGGAAAUAUUUCUACAUGUGCACAUAGUUUUUCAGGUGUACCAUUGACAUGGUUGUUGAUGAUAAAAACAA